AUGAAACGACAGGUUGUGCUCUGCUUCUUGCUGCAGCUCAUUUUUGAGCUUUCUUCAGGCACAAAUCUCCGGGUGAUACCUGGUUCCACUCUGGAGCUGCCCUGUUUCACGUUUCAAAAUGACUUCACUGGAGCGGCCAUCACCUGGAAAUUCAAAGGUGAAAAUGUAAGUGUCAGUGCUCAGUCGGGCUCGCCUGGAGUUAAACAGGGUGGCAGGUAUCUCUCUAUAUCCCCUGUUACUGCUGCCAACGAGGGCGAGUACUUGUGUUUCAUAAAGGAGAACAACAUGGAGAUGAUAGUGACAUACAGAGUUACAGUUGAUGCAUCCAUUAGCUAUACCAUUAAGGUAUUCGAAGGCUCCACCAUUCGCCUCCCGUGCUAUUUUCCACCUUCCAGCCAAGUCGAGGCCAAUGCACUUUGGUUCAAAGAUUGGGGUUUUGACAAAAAGACACGGCUGGACACAGAAGACGAUCCAACAGCUGAUAACAACAGAGUGGCGCUGCUGUAUCCACUCGACCAUGAUCAGACCAUCAUAAUCAGAGACGCUGUCAUGGAGGAUGCUGGAACUUACCUUUGUCAAUCUGCUGAGGGGCAGAAGCUGAGCUCUGUAUAUAUCAUUGUUGAAGUUGCUCCUACUGCUCUUCCUCACUCGUGCAGCGGCUUCAUGACAGCAUGGGAGCCCUGCCUGGACGAGAACAGUCGCACAGGGGAACCCAUGUUGCAGGAAUCCAUCACAGAGUUUUCCAUGAAGCUGUAUUCUUACCUCAGAGAAUCACAACCCUCCAGCAACUUGCUCUUCUCUCCUAUCAGUAUCAUCGGGCUUCUGUCCAAUUUGUUGUUAGGUGCAAGGGGUGACACCCGGAAAGCCAUUGAGAGAGCUGUCUGCGUGCCUCACGAGUUCCACUGUGUCCACCUCCAGAUGAAGAAGCUGAGAGAGAAGCUGGCCGGCUCCUUGCAGAUGGCUUCUCAGAUCUACUAUAACCCACAAAUCAAUCUGACCCAGUCCUUUACUAACCAGUCCAUCCAGUUCUAUGAUGCAGAACCCACAAUGCUGCUGGGGACCAGCGAGGAAAACACAGAAAUGAUCAACAGCUGGGUGGCAACUAAGACCAACAAUAAAAUCCAGCAUUUGGUCGACUCUAUAUCACCCAGUACACAGCUGAUGCUGCUCAACGCUGUCUCAUUUAGUGGUCGGUGGAUGGUCAAUUAUGAAAUGAAAUCCAAGAAAGGACUUUUCACAAAACUGGAUGGGGAUAUGGUGAUGGUGCCGCUCCUCUAUCACCAGAAAUACAUGACGGCUAUGACAUAUGUAGUUGAGCUAAAGGCACAGGUGGCGAGGUUUGCUCUCACGGGUGACAGCAGCCUUUACAUCCUGCUGCCUCGCUCCAACAAAGUGACUGACCUGCAGCAGGUGGAGGAGAGGCUGACGGACACAGCUGUGCGUCAAAUGAUAGAACAAGUGAAAGCAACAUCUCCUCAGCAUGUCGAGGUCUCUCUGCCCAAAAUCAAGCUGGAUGUCCAGCCAGACAUGAACUUGCUUAUCAAGAAAUUAGGACUGUUGUCGCUCUUCGAGAGUCCCAACCUGUGUGGUCUCUACUCCGAAGAUAAGGUGGUGCUCGACGAUGCCAGACACAGAGCCUUCCUGGCACUGACCGAACAAGGAGUUGAGGCAGGGGCCGUCACCAGUGUGUCCUUCUCUCGCUCCUUCCCUUCCUUCUCUGCCCUGCGGCCUUUUAUCAUGCUGCUGUGGAGUGACCAGGCCAAUGUGCCGCUCUUUAUUGGCAGAGUGACUGACCCAUGA